GAGGCAUUCGCAUUCAUGGGAGGCUCGAGGUCUCCCUCGAUGGUGUGCCCGGAACUGCUCGACUCGGUGUCGAAGGAGCUGGAGCGGAUCCACAGCAUCAAGAAGAACGCGAGGAAGCUGAGGGAGGAGCAGAAGGCCAACAAGGGCGGCCGGGACGCUCCUCCCCCCAAGGCGCUGCAGGGCGAGCUCGUGACUGAGCUAGUGGUGGCGCUCAACCAACUGGACGCCGGCUCGGAUGACCCGCCGCGCCGCGCAGGCCAGGAGCCCAACAGGAUGCAGCAACUUUGCUUGGAGCAUCUCGCCGAAAGCUGUGCGGCGAUGGGCUCCAUUCCUCCAGAUUUGUCGACCGAGGUGGCCCUCCAGGAGCUCCAGGUUGGCGCCGGCUACUCCGACGGCGAGCCCGUCACGGUGGCCCCCUUCGCGCACGACCUCGUGUCUCUGCCAGCUGUGGGCGGUACGCCUGUGCCCCUGAGCCAGUUGCUGGGAGACGACGGUCCAGAUAUCGUGCGAAGGUUCAUCACUUCGAAGGUUUUGCCAAUUCAAAGCGCCGAGAUUUUUAAGAAGGAGGCUGGUUUCGCACGCCCUUACCUGGACCCGGUGCUGCGGCAGCCCGCGGCCUACCUGGCCUUCGUCGAGAGGAUGAGGGACGGUGGCAUGCUGGAGUUCAGGAUUGAUGAGGGGGAUUUUGAGGAAGUCGGUCUAUUCACCGUUUGGAAGAAGGAUGGUCGCCAGCGCCUGGUGAUCGAUUGCAGGGGCAGCAACUUCAGGUUCGGGGAGCCCGACAAGACCAGCUUGGCGUCCGGGGGCAGCUUCAGCUCCAUCGAGCUGGCGCCGGGCGAGGUGCUGUGGACGGCGGGCGUCGACAUAGCGGACGCUUUUUACAACAUGGGCCUGCCGCCGGAGCUCCGGCACCUCUUCGCGCUCCCGCGGCUUCGGGCAGCGCAACUUGGAGUGCGAGAGCUGGGCGGGCGUCCAGUUCCUGGUCGUGCUUGGGUGCGCCCGUGCUUGGCCGUCCUGCCUAUGGGCUGGACGCAUGCGCUGGACUUCUGUCAGAGAGUGCACAGAAAUAUCUUGCUCCAGAAGGGGGGGUUUGAGAGCGUUCCCGAAGUGGUCGAUGGUAUGCCGACGCCUCCCAUCCAGGACGGGGCCUACACAGCCUAUGUUGACAAUUUCAUUUCCUUUGGAGUAAAUCCUGGCAGGCCUGCGGCCCUCCUGAGGUCGGCCCAAGAGGCCUUGAGCGGCGCGGGGCUCCCUCUGCACGAUCCUGAUCUCCCCGCCUCGGUGUCUGAGCAGCUGGGGUGGGUCUUCGACGGGGAGCGUGGGCGACAAGUGGGGAAGAUUGCUGGCCACUUUGCGUUCAUUGCAAUGUCGAGGCGCCCGCUCUUGGCCGUAUUUAGUUCUGUGUAUGCCUUCUCGAGGAAGUACUUCGAUCGGGUGAUGAAGCUGCCGCCAUCUGUCCGCCGUGAGCUUCGCUGGGCCGCCUCCCUGAUCCCCCUGGCUUGGGCUGAUCUCAGGGCCACCUGGUCCCCCAGGAUCUACGCGAGCGACGCUAGCGAGGAGGGGAGGGGCGUGUGCCAGAAGGAGGCCGACCUGGGAGCAAUUCGCGGUGCUGGGAGGUACGGGGAGAGGUGGCGAUUUCGACGACCAGCUGCUUCGCGACCUCGCGACUGCCUCUUCGAGCAGAGCGACCCGCCGACCGCCGACACCGCGAAGUCCGAGCCGAUUGCCGAGAUCGUCGUGUCGCCGGGGGUGGAGCCCGUCGUGUCGACGGGGGUGGCGGUGGAGGACCCAGAGAGUAACUUGUGGAAGGUCCCGGAGGUGGAGGAGGAGCUGUACGGGGGGAGGUGGCAGGUGGUGUCGAGCGGAGGGCGGGCCCGGGCCGAGAAGAUCAUCGUCCUCGAAGGUCGGGCCCUCGUUCAUUCUCUUAGGCACGCACUUCGCGACUCGAAGUCCUUCGGUAAGCGUAUCCUCUUCCUCUGCGAUAACAUGGGGCUCGUGUGUGCUAUGGAAAAGGGGCGCUCCUCAGCCGGGGGAGUCCUCCGCGUCGCCCGGCAAUGGGCCGCCUGGUGCCUGGCGGGCGCGGUGCAGGCCUCGGUGCGCUGGAUUCCGUCUGAACGGAACGUCGCCGAUGCGCCGUCGCGCCGCCACAUCCCCCUCGGGGUUUGGCUCGACGGCGCCGCGGCGGACUCUGCCGAGGGCUUCAAGCAGUGGGCCGUCCGGGACGCCGGGCACAGCAGCCAGCUGGCCGACUGCCGCAGCGCCGGCCUCGAGCUCGCCGAGCUGGCCGUCCGCGAGCCUGCCGUCGGCGCUCUGCGGGGCGCCCGCCGGCCGGAGCAGCGGGCGCCGCCACCACCCGCGGCCCGGAGCCGCAAGAUGGCGCGAGCUGCGAGGCGCGGGCAGGGAGCUACUGCUGCUGCUCGUCGGGCGGCGCUCCGAAGCCAUGGAUCGCUGCUGCAGCGGGCCUCGGUGACUCCGAAGACCGUGGCCCAGUACGACGGCCUGUGGCAGGACAUCCUCCGCAUGUGGCUUCGGCUGCGACCGGCGGGCUCCCUGCAGGCGGAGCCGAACGACGACGAGAUGGACUUAGUGGUCGCCAGCUGGAUGGACCAGGAGUACUCUUUCGGGGAGCUCGCGCAGAGGGGCACCAAGGGGCUAGCGGCGGUGAAGUAUUUCCGGCCGCAGUUCGCGAAGUCGGGAGGGCUCUCCCUUCCGCGCUCGGCGCAGGCCUUGAAGGGCUGGAAGCGGCUCGCCCCUGGGCGUGCUCGGCUGCCGCUGCCAUGGGAGGUCGUCGCGCUGAUCGCGCUGGAGCUGCUGCUGACCGGCUUCUGGGCGAUGGCGGCUUGGACGAUCAUCACCUUCCGCUGCUACCUGCGCCCCAGCGAGCUGCAGCGGGUCACCGCCGAGAUGCUCGUGCCGCCUGUGCCAGGGACCCGCGUGGCAAAUUGGGCGAUCGUGCUGCGCCCAAGCGAGGAGGAGAUCAGCAGCAAGACAAGAGAGUUCGACGAGACCGUGGUGUUCGAUCAGCCGCUGUUCCGUUUCCUCGUGCCCGUGCUCGCCUACCUCAAAAGGGAGACGCCGGCCGGGGAGCCGCUGUUCGCCUUCCGGCACGCCGACCUGGUGGCGUCCUCUGGCCUCGGCAGCGGCGGCGGGAGGCAUGCCCACUACUUCGUUGUAGAUUGCCAGACGUCACAGCAGGAGAGGCCGCAUGUCAGGGCCAUGGAUCUGUGCGGCAUUCCUUUGCCAUUCCAUGGCCAUUUGAGGGGCGCCAUGGCGCCGCUCAGCGCGCCGCCGCCCUCGGAGCGGCGGGCCCCGGAGCGGCGGGCCCCGGGCGGCAGGGGGUGGUCGGUCCCAGAGCCCCGCACGCGCAUGCAGGCGCUGGCCGAGGCCUUUACGGCUGAGGUAGCGCGGGCGGCGCAGACAGCCGCCGUGGUCUGGGGGCUGUCGCGGCCGCCGCCGCCGUGCCCCGACUGCCACUGCUUGCCCCAGCUCGUGUGCGGCCCGGGGGAGGCGGUGAAGGAGCUGGUGCCCGUGGAGUGCAGCUGCCCGUUCCCUUGGGUGUGGUUCGUGCUCGGCCUGAGCAUCGUGGGCGCGGCCGGCUUCGCGGCUGGGCGCCGCUGCGACCAGAAGGCCUGCACUGGCGACACGCCCAAAACAGACAUCUCCCUUUCGAUCGAGGACAUCGCCCGUGAGCAGGCGACAUCCGGGAGUUCGCGAUCUUGGAGGGCGGGGCGUUCGGACGAGAUGCUGGACCCGUCGGAGCCGAUCAUGUGCACAGGUUUCGGAAUGUGCCUUUGCCUGCUGCAAUGCAGCGACUUCGAGACGCUGCUGCAGCUCGCCUUGGCCUGCCAUUGCGCCCAGGCGGUGCUGCCGGAG